AUGAGCCAGUUUUGGACGGGAACUGGGAAGAUUCGGAGGAAGAUCCACUUGAAAAAUUUGGAGGUAUCGGAGCAUUAUGCCGACACAUUUGCUGGACUGGGCCUCCCAGAUUACGGCCCUCGCGAAACAAAGCUCUCGCACAUUUUGGAACCCAUCAACAUCGGCACUGGCAAUCGAUUUGAACGGCAAUACAUUAUGAUCGUCCUUCUCAAUCACGCCUAUGGAUGUUCAGAUCUACUAUGGGAAUCUUCUAAAGAUUUGCCUUGGGAAUAUCGCACGGUCAACGGAACGCUGAUGAAUCCGCCUAACCCAGGCGUCAAAUCCAUGCAAAAGGUGAUUCUGAAGCAGUUUGAAAAAAAUGCGGCAUGCCGAAUGGGAGACACCGGUGGUGGUAGGAGGAGGGGAAAAGGAAUUGAAGGGGUAUCGAAAAUAUCUAUCCAGGUUGUAUUAAGAAGAGACGAGAACAAUCUUGCGUGUACCGGCGGUACCUCACACGGUUCUGGUCAUCGAAACAAAGCGGGUCUCAUGGCCAAUGUGGAAGCGAUAGACUCGGAGCCAUAG